GAGAUAGACAAUACGUCAUUCCUUGUUCUUUCCGCUCGAUAUAGAUAUAUACGGUGUCUCUCGUUCAGAGUAAGUACACGUAGGGAGCUUCGGGGAGCCUCCAUUAGAAGAAACCAGUAGAAACCGUAUGGUGUGCUGUGUACUUUUCGAGAGAAAGGAGAAGAGUGAGAGUUCAUUUGGUGUGUUAAAAAAGACGCGGGGCGGGGCUGUCUAAGAAUUUUGACAUCGGCGUUCUUCGACAAAAUGAAUUGACUUCUACGUCCGCUCGUUUUUUACCUCUCAGCAGGCGUUCCUUAUCUCUAUUCUUCAUCGCGUACGUUUCGAAUUUGACAAGAGGAAAUCAUGGAGGACGAUCUGCCGACCGAGUACGAUGUGGUCGUUGUAGGAACAGGUAUGACGGAAUCGAUCGUUGCCGCGGCGGCCAGCAGGAUAGGGAAAAAGGUUUUACAUCUGGACAGCAACGAAUAUUAUGGUGGACUUUGGGCUACAUUUAAUUUCGAUGGUUUACAAAAAUGGAUAGAAGAUCUAAAGACUGCCAAGAAUAAUACAAGAGAUACAAAAGUCGAUUUAGAAGAUGGACAAAUAUUUUUAAAGGCUAGUGAUCAAUAUUCUGCUGUUGAGAAUAUCGAAGAAACUUGGUAUAUUUCGAAUGAUGCAGAUCUACCUGUUCUAUCCUCGAAAGAUACUCAGACGGAUGGAGUUGGAGAUAGUGCUAGUAACGAAGGCACGGAGAAAACUGAUGAGGACAGCACUGAGAAAAAAGAAAUUGUCAAACAUUGGAGUAUAGAUCGCAUAAAAAAAGAAUACAGGAGAUUCAACAUCGACUUGGCACCGAAACUUUUAUUCGCACGUGGUAAAUUGGUGGAAUUGCUGAUUUCUAGCAAUAUAGCACGUUAUGCAGAAUUUCGUGCGGUAUCCAGAGUUGCUACAUAUAUGUAUGACAAAUUAACUCAAGUCCCUUGCUCGCGCGCCGAUGUGUUUGCUAAUAAAACUGUUAGCGUCGUGGAGAAAAGAAUGUUAAUGCAACUUUUAACUUCUUGCAUGGAACAAGGAGCUGAUAGUCCAGAGUUUGAUGGUUUCCGCGAUAAAACAUUUUUAGAGUAUCUCAACACAAAAAGUCUUACCCCCAUAGUACAACACUAUGUUGUACAAGCUAUUGCAAUGGUAACAGACAAAACAUCUUGCAGAGAUGGUGUUAAUCGCACAAAGCAUUUCCUUAAUAGCCUUGGACGUUAUGGAAACACUCCCUUCUUAUGGCCUAUGUAUGGUAGUGGAGAAUUACCUCAGUGUUUCUGCAGAUUGUGUGCUGUAUUUGGUGGAGUGUAUUGCUUGAAAAGACAAUUGGAUGGUGUAGUAAUUAAAGAAGAUAAAUGCGAAGCUAUUGUAACCGGAAAACAAAGAUUGGCUUUGGAGCAUUUAGUAGUAGGACAAGGACACUUACCACCAGAAAUUGUAGCUUUUGAAGGAGAGCAACAGAUUUCGCGAGGCAUUUUUAUUACUGAUAGGUCAAUUAUGCAAGGAGAAAAAGAGAACUUAACCCUUUUGUACUAUCCACCGGAAGAGCCAGGACAAGAACCUGUUACUCUGAUCGAACUGGGACCAUCUACCAAUGCUUGUCCACAAGGUUUAUUUAUGGUUCAUAUGACAUGCAAACGUACUAAAACUGCAAAGGAAGAUUUAGCGUACAUGGUAAAGAAAUUUUUGAGAUCUGAAAUGGUAGAACCAAGUCUUGCCCGUAAUUUCACAGAUUCUCAUACUCAGACAGUUUCACCUGAUAAACGACAUCUACAGGAAGGUAAUCAGCAGGACUAUGAACCAAAUGAAAUAGAUUUAAAACCCCAAAUAUUAUGGUCAUUAUACUUGAACCUUCCUGCGAGCGAUAUAAAAUUAAACGAUACAGCACCGAGUAACAUAUACUUGUGCUCUGGACCGGAUUUGGAAUUAGACUUUGACUUUGCAGUUGAUCAAGCAAAGGAAAUUUUCAAAUCCAUGUAUCCCGAUGAUGAUUUCUUACCUCGUGCACCGGAUCCAGAAGAAAUCGUUUUAGAAGGUGACGAAGCACCUGGGCCGAAAUUCGAAGGAGAUACGCAAAUAGAUGGAGAGGAGAAACAAGAUGUCGAAAAAGCAGAAAAAGAAGAAUGAAAUAAUUAACAUAUUGCUUCAACAGUGUUACAAGAGAAAAUAAGGCUUGCGCCCUUAGUGUCUUCUACCUUCAUCGUUAUUACGUUCACUUAUAUAUUCAAGAAAUAGCCGGUCACCGUUCAUGUAAGAGUAGCAAAUACAAGCAAAUGGCUUUAGAAAAUGUUACAAUUCCAUUUUUGAACUGAGUUUAUACAUUUGUCAAAUUCAUUCUAAAUCCAGUUUUACUAUUAGAUUUCGCCAUUACGUGCUUUUGCAUUACUUCAUCUAAAAUAAAUAAAAAUAUAAAUAAAAUAAAAAUUAAAAAAAAAAAGAAUAGAAAUGUCAAUAUAUGCAUGUAAGAGAAGGAAGUCUCAGGCACUCUUUUUUGUGAACACAGUGACGAGUAUUGGACAAAACAUGAUCGUAUCACCGAUAAGUGUCAAAAUUUGCGAUUGCAUUUAUAUUCGUACUUAUUGCCAUUAUUCGAAUUGACAUAAUAUAAGAAUGUAGUGAGUCAAUACCAUGCAUUUAGCUGAAUACCACCUUGCCACUCUUUAUACGUGUUUAAUUUCCACGUUUUCUCUUUAUGUAACAGGUUAUUGCUUCGUUAGAUCACUUAUUGUGUAUGUACUUAUAUGACUUUAUUACGUCGUACGUUAUUAUGCUAUACGUGCAAAAUCUUAUCAAUAACUCUGUUACUCGUUUAAGAGCCAAUUGUAUUUAAGGCUGUGAGAAGUAACAUUCUUUUCUAAGUAUUUUAUGAAUAAUUUUUAAGCUUGACUCUUUUGAUCAUUAUAAACUUAAUUACAAUGUAUCAUGUGCAUCAAUUUAAAUAUCUCUGUUCCUUUUAUAAUUUUACAAAGAUUUACAAAUUCUUUAUUAAGAAAACCCAAAGAAAGUAGUUCAUGUGCUCUCACCUCUGGCCUCGCAACUUUUAAAUAGCCGAUUUGCUGUAAGAUGAAUUUACUAAAGGAAAUAUUAAAUUCAUUGAAAUUUAUGUUUCUCUAAGCUCUACGACAUAUAUCUUAUAUCGUUACAUACAACAGCCUAACUGGAUUCAUGUAUAAACCCAGUUUCUUAAAAUGCUUUAUAAUACUCAUAUUUAUUUAUAUUUGACAUUAUAUUACACAGUGCAUAAAAAUACACUACAGUUAAGCGAAGGUAUGUCCCAAUCUUUGUUUCACAUCAAAUUGUUCAUUGAUAUCUAUGACAGGAAAAACAUUCCCGUAGUAAUUACGAUUUUUCUAAAUAAAGUUCAUUCUAGCAAUUUUGCAAUUAA